UCCUAAAUUAACUGAUUAAUUUCAGCAGUAAUAUCAUUUCAGACGUUCAUUUCAGUUCCUUUAUAUAGUUCAAAUUACAAAUUUUGUAAUGUAAUGCUUCAAUUUUAAUGAUCGAUAAGUUAAUCAUGAAAAUCACUAGUAACUUAUCUAGGUUUUUUCUGUAACCGAAGUAGCAUGAAGUUAGCUAAGUCUGACAUUUAUUGAGCAGCAUUUUUGGGCACGUUUGAGGGCUAUGUUUAUUAUUUCUUAUGUAUUUAUAUAGCACGGAUACACAAAAAUGUAGGAAAAUCAAAGUAUGAUGCACUCGUGGUGUUUAAUAAAGUAUCAGAUCAAUAUUUUACAAUAUGCACAAUUAUAACAAUAAUAUUCGAUUGAUUAAAAUAUAAAUUUGUCUUAAUAAUCUCUCACUAGACGAGUUGCCAAUUUAAGAGGCUCCUCCAAGUUUCUGCUUUACCAGGUCCUAAAAUAUUUAUAGUAUCUGGCAUGUAAUUUCUAUAAUUUGUACAAGUUCAAAUGAAAAUCGUUCAAUAAGUAUUUCGAGAAAAGGGAAUGAACGUAUCAUUUUUGUAUCGUGUAAGAUGUCAUCCACAUUUCCAAUCGUUUCUUGUUGUGAGAUAGAUUACAAAAUUUCUAUAAAUUCUAGCGAUAAUAGUUCUAAAGGGGUCAAAUAUUUUCUACCGUCAGAGGUUGCGGUACACAAUACAUCAGUCGACUGUUGGGUCUCGUACAAUGACGAAGUGUACGAUUUAACUGAUCUCUGUAAUAUUUGGGCCAACAAAAGAGAAAUCAAACCUAUUUUAGCCCAUGCUGGCAAAGAUAUCAGUCAUUGGUUUGAUCACGAAAAAAAUGAUAUCAGAUAUCAUAUACAUCCGGUUACCGGAGUAUCAGUGCCUUAUUGUCCACACGGACCGAUACCGGAUGCAACUUCUUCUUGCGUAGUACCUGCUGCUACUUGGCGGCCCUUAGACAAAUGCCCUUGGUGGUUAGAUCCAAAGUACAAAAUAGGACUCUUAACCAAGAAUGCACGACCCUGUCGAAUUUUAAAUGUACUCACUGGUAUCCAAGUUGUUAUAAUGGUUUGCGAAGAAGAUACCAUCAGACGGAUUCAAGAACGUGCUCGUAUUUACAAUGAAAAUGUGGCAUCUUACACGUGGAAAUUCGAGGGAAAGAAUAUAGAUCUUGACUUGACUUUAACAGAAAAUAAUAUUCCUGACGAACGGAAUCGCUUCGCAGCUUGUGGACUUUCUGAGGAUUAUUACAUCCCGUCUCUAAUGUGUUAUUACAAUUAUGAAUGA